AUGAAAUUGUUAAAACCCUUGAAAUCCCUCCAUCCUUUUUCUCCCUCAUAUCUUCUCUGUUUCUUCCAUUCAUCCUUUUUCUCCCUCAUAUUUUCUCUAUUUCUUUUAUCAUCUCCGCGUAUCUCUCUUUCUUCUCCUUCCUCUCAACCCUCCCCUCUCUCUUCUUUUCUCUCCAUUUCUCCAACUUCCUUUACAUACCCCACAUUUUCAAGGCGCCUCUCUGCCUCAACCUUCACUGUCAAGACUAGUGCCGCAAAGAAGAAUGUCCUUAUAGUUAACACAAACAGCGGUGGUCAUACAGUUAUUGGCUUCUAUUUUGCGAAGGAGCUUCUGAGUUCUGGCCAUGAGGUUACUAUCAUUACGAUUGGUGAUCAGAAUUCUGACAAAAUGAAGAAGCCGCCAUUCAGCAAAUUCUCAGAAAUUGUGUGUGCGAGAUAGUAGAUAGUGUGGGGAGACCCAGCAGAAGUUGGAAAAGCUGUGGAAGGAGCAACCUUUGAUGUGGUGUUAGAUAAUAAUGGCAAGGACCUUGAUGUUGUGAGGCCAGUGCCCAUCCCUGGAUCUGGGAUGCAACUAACUGAUAUUGCUCAUGUUAGAGACUUGUCCUCUACGAUUACAGCAGUUGUUGAGAACCCAGAAGCUCCAAGUAACAAAAUAUUCAAUUGCGUAUGCAACCGUGUUGUAACUAUGGAUGGAAUGGCAAAAUUUUGUGCACAAGCUGCAGGACUAUUAGUUGAAAUUGUGCAUUAUGAUCCAAAAGCUGUUGGAGUUGAUGCAAAGAAAACUUUUUCUUUCUGA